AUGUUGCGCCGUGAGGCGCGCCUUCGCCGCGAGUACCUCUACCGCAAGGCCCGCGAGGAGGCGCAGCGCGCCGCCUCCGAGAGGAAAGAGAAGGUGCGGCGCGCGCUGGAAGAGAACCACCUGAUCCCUACGGAGUUGCGUAGGGAGGCUUUGGCCUUACAUGGUUCCCUGGAGUUUGACGACGCUGGUGGUGAAGGUGUGACCAAUCAUGUGGAUGAUGAAUAUCGAUGGGCAGGGGUUGAGGAUCCCAAGGUCAUGAUCACUACUUCCCGAGACCCUAGUUCACGCCUCAAGAUGUUUGCAAAGGAGCUGAAGUUGGUGUUUCCUGGUGCCCAGCGCAUGAACCGUGGCCGACAUGAGGUGGGGGCACUGGUGCGAGCCUGCAAAGUUAAUGGUGUCACUGACCUGCUAGUUAUCCAUGAGCAUCGAGGCACACCUGUGGGGUUGAUUGUCAGCCACCUGCCCUUUGGCCCUACUGCUUACUUCACACUAUGCAAUGUGCUUAUGCGGCAUGACAUCCCCGACCUGGGCACCGUGUCAGAGGCUAAACCUCACCUCAUCAUUCAUGGCUUCUCCUCCCGUCUGGGCAAGCGGGUCUCAGACAUACUUCGUUACCUGUUCCCUGUGCCCAAAGAAGAUAGUCAUCGGGUCAUCACCUUUGCAAACCAGAAUGACUACAUCUCCUUCCGACACCAUGUGUACAGGAAGACCAACCACCGCAAUGUGGAGCUGACUGAGGUUGGCCCUCGCUUUGAGCUCAAGUUGUACAUGAUUCGCCUUGGCACGCUGGAACAGGAGGCCACAGCAGAUGUGGAGUGGCGUUGGCAUCCUUACACCAACACUGCACACAAGAGGGUCUUUCUAAGUGCUGAGUGA